AUGUCCUCUCCACCCCCUCAGGUCCUCCCUAACGCUACAUCCUGUAUAGUCUGUACGCUGCAUCCGUGCUCAAAAUUUGCGAAGAAAUUUUCCAUCAUUCGUCGAAUUCGAUUAUAAUACGACUGUACAACGCUUUAGUAGCUAUUAUAGUACAAUUAUAUAUUAUAUUUCUAAAAAUCGUGAAAGCAAUGUGUCGAUCGAAGGGGAAUAUCUUUGGCUGAAGAGUAUAACCUAUUUUUUGUAUACUAUAUUCUUUGUAUCGCAUUCUGUCAUACUCGCGACGCCCAUUGAUCUUAAAAUUGAACCGAAUUAUUCGUAAAUUUAUAAAGAGAAACGAGCAAAUUUUUUGCGAUACAUUCGAUAUGUCGAGUGAGAGCGUAAAAACAUUUGCAAGUCUCGAGACACCUGGAUAUGUGGGAUUUGCAAAUUUACCUAAUCAAGUGCAUCGGAAAUCUGUGAAAAAAGGUUUUGAGUUUACCCUUAUGGUUGUUGGAGAAUCUGGUCUUGGAAAAUCCACUUUGGUAAAUAGUUUGUUUCUUACGGAUUUGUAUCCUGAACGAAUAAUUCCUGAUGCAGUAGAAAAAACCAAUCAAACUGUUAAACUUGAUGCUUCAACGGUCGAGAUUGAAGAAAGAGGGGUCAAACUUAGAUUAACAGUUGUUGAUACACCUGGUUAUGGAGAUGCAAUCGAUAACACAGAUAGUUUUAGAGCUAUCAUUCAAUACAUAGAUGAUCAAUUUGAAAGAUUUCUUCGUGACGAAAGUGGCUUAAACAGGAGGAACAUUGUGGAUAACAGAAUACAUUGUUGUUUUUAUUUUAUUUCACCGUUUGGUCAUGGAUUGAAGCCGUUGGACAUCGAGUUUAUGAAACAACUUCAUAACAAAGUUAAUAUAGUACCUGUAAUAGCAAAAGCUGAUGUACUUACGAAAAAGGAAGUCUUACGCUUGAAAAAAAGAGUUAUGGAAGAGAUUGAAGGCAGUGGAAUCAAAAUAUAUCCUUUACCAGACUGUGAUAGCGACGAAGAUGAGGAUUACAAAGAACAAGUGCGUCAAUUAAAAGAGGCUGUUCCAUUCGCAGUAUGCGGUGCGAAUAGCUUAAUUGAAGUCAAAGGAAAGAAAGUACGAGGUCGAGUGUAUUCAUGGGGUGUUGUUGAAGUCGAGAAUCCCGAUCAUUGCGAUUUUAUCAAAUUAAGGACAAUGUUGAUUACACAUAUGCAAGAUUUACAGGAAGUAACACAAGAAGUACAUUAUGAAAAUUAUCGUAGUGAAAGAUUGGCAAAAGGAGCUCCAGUACCGCCUCGACGUCAAACUUUUGCUGAACCAGAUAAAAACAGCACAGUAUCAGAAAAGGAUCGCAUUUUGCAAGAAAAAGAAGCAGAAAUACGACAUAUGCAAGAAUUGCUGGCUGUGAUGCAGGCACAGAUGCAACAACAACAACCUUGAUCAACUAUGCAUUUUUAUACUGAUAGUGAAGAAAAUAACUUUUCACUGUUACGAGUGCCAAAAAGAUCUAUAAAACUUUUUUAGUAACUUA